AUGACCGGAAAAACUGAUUUAAAUGUUGGUGUUGCUCCAACAGUUCAACAAAUUAAUGCUGAUAGAAUAACAGAGCUUGCUGAUAAGUAUUGGGCACCUCAUUCUAUAGAAAAUCAUCUAAAAUAUGAUCCAGAUGUUAUUGAGGAUAUUUAUAUGCAAGAUAUACGAGGAAGCAACUUCUCUAUUCGACGAAUUAUGGUUUUAGAAUUUAGCCAGUAUUUAGAAAACUAUCUUUGGCCCAAUUAUUCUCCAACUGCCUCCUAUUCACACAUGCUAUCAAUUAUUAUAAUGGUGAAUGAAAAAUUUCGAGAAAGAGUUCAAGUAUGGCAGGCAUUCAGCAAAAAUAGUGAAUAUUUUCCAGACUUUUUCCAACAAGUCCUAAAGGCAUGCUUUGAAGACGAACUUUUAAUAAAUAUAAGGGAGCAGACUGCUUUACUGGUCUUCCUAAAUCACUGUUUUAAUAGCAUGGAAGAAGCAAUAUGUAGAGAUCAAGUUAAAAGGCUAGUUUCUCUUUCAAUGUGGAUUUCUUUACAACCAGGAAGGAGGGAAUAUGAAUUUAAAAAAUAUCCUAAAUGGAAGAAAUACUGGAGAGCAAUUCAGAGGAAAGAUAAACCUGAACAAUUAGAGAAACUAACCUGGGAAAGGACUUUCCUUCACAAAUUAAUGUUGAAAUUUAUGGAAAUUUUGGAUUCUAUCAGUGAUGAUGGCAUUUGUCCCAGUGAUAAGGUAAGUGAGUUGAUACCUAGUAAAUUACCUAUGCUCUCUCAUUUUGGCAUCAAUUGA